CGUGGUUCGGAUGAUGCUGGUUGCUCGUUAACGCUGGUUGGCGCUUUUAACUUCACUCCAUCCCGAACGCAGAACGACAACCCCACAAUUCGUCCCUCGUUCUCUUCUCGCUUUCAACCCACCACACCGACCGCCAUCCGCCACGACGAUUCUCCGCCGACACACGUCCAACACCCCACCAACAUCAUCCCCGCUUCACCCCCUCUUCGGUGACCGCAUUGGCCCUUUACCUAAUCGAUCCCCGCCUCUCAGCUUUCAGCUCGAAGCUUGACUCCACACCACGCGAUAUUCGAUCUCCGUGAUAUGGACGUCAAACCUGAUUCCUUGGAACGCCAUAUCGAUACCGGCAGCGUCUGAAUUGCCCUCCCCCUCGCGCGUACCAUACGAUAUCUCCUCACACCAUAAUCAAUUGAAACACCCCCGCGCCACAACACCUACAAAUCAUACAACUACCAUAGUACCUGCGACAUGUCUUCGCAAAUUACUCGUGCCCGUAAGCGGGAACUACGAACUCUCAACCAGGCCGCCUGGGAAGGAGACAAAGGCGUGUUCAAGGUAGCCGGAUCCCUCGAUUCGUCGCUCAAGAAAAACACCGCCGUGAUCAAGCGGUUGCGUACUUCCUUGAUCUCGGAGUCCCAAGCCGCACUCCUAAAGGAUAUCCAGACCACGUCGUUGGAGAAAUACCUUCCCGAAGUCAUCUCCGCCGUUGCCGAAGGACUGCAGAAAUCGAAAAUUGCCGAUACCGGUGCUAUCGUCGAGGUCGUCUCUGCCCUGCACCAGCGCUUCCAAAGGGACUUCACGCCGAAGCUUACCUUUGCUCUCGCGAAGGGACUGGCAAACCCCCGGGCUGAAGUGCUGAAGGGACUGUCUCCGGAACAGAGGGAACGUGAGGAGAAGGAGAGAUUGGCUAGACAGCGGUCUUUGCUGAGGAUCGGUGUCGAACUGUGGCUUGUCGGCGUCAUCAGAACGGUGCAAGACGCAGAGGACGGAUCUCUACUCAAGAAUGGGGCUGCCGGAACCACUACGAAGGUUGCUGCACCUAUUCCGAAAAAGGAAUCUGGGGAUAUAGAACCCUUCCCUUUGGAAGUCCUCAAGGAACUCUUGGGCAGGGAUAAGGAGCACAUAAACCUGCCUUUGGUGGUCCUGUUCGUCAAGCAAUUCGCAUAUGAUGUCUUAGGAUUGAAGGCACGUAACUCGGCACGGAAGACUGUGGAAGAGGAUGGUGCAACAAACGCUACAGUAACGGAGACGAACGGAAAGAUCAAGGAGGAAACAGGAGAGAAGAACGACAUCGAUCCCAAUGACCCUCCGCUUACACCCCCGGAAGUUCAGCAGCGCUUCAAGAACAUCCUUACCCGCUACAUGGACUCGGUCAAGUCUCACAUCGUGCGUGAUCACGAGCGCCUCCAGACACAGUCCGCUCGCAAUGCGGAAGCAUACAUCAAAUCCGGAGAGAUUUUCGAGGACCGGCAGGCCAAUUACGAAAAGCUUGUUAAGCUCCAGGAGAAGUUGAUUGCAAAUGCUCAGGUUGUGGCGGAUAUCGUAGGACUCGAGAUGCCAGAUCUCCCGGAUGAUCGCAAUGACGAGGGCGUGAAGGACAGCAUUAUUAGGGAGGGAAGCAGCAUGUUUGCGAAUAAGGGUGAAGAGGGAAAGAACGGAAUCUGGGAGGACGAAGACCAGCGGAGGUUCUAUGAGGAUUUGAUCGAUCUCAAGGGCAAAGUCCCCACAAUCCUGCUUGAGGAUGGAAAGAAGAAGAGGAAGGAUGGGGACCCCAAAACCGAGGAUGAAAUCAAGAGCACUGGGGAUGAGGCAGCAGACGCCGGCAGAGACGAUCAAGAAGUGGUGGCGAAUGGUGAGACGGAGGAAGACAAGAAAGCCGCCGAAGAUGCUGCCAGCACUGUCAUUGUCAACAAAACGAUUGGCGCUCAGGUGGACGCGCUGCUAUUGCGGCUUCCGGAUCUCAACAAUCGGGACAUGAUCGACCAAGCUGCCAUUGAUUUUUGCUUCCUCAAUUCCAAAGCGUCCAGGAACAGGCUCAUUCGUGUUCUGCAAGAGGUUCCCCGCAGCCGCCAGGACUUGUUGCCAGCUUAUUCUCGUCUCACGGCAACCCUCAACAGGUAUCUUCCCGACAUUGGCAAAGCCCUGGUUGAGCAUCUUGACAAGGAGUUCCGCUCUCUUCAGAGACGCAAGGAGAAGGAUCUCUCGGAAUCCCGUGCUCGGAAUGCUCGUUACCUCUCCGAGCUGACAAAGUUUGGAGUGGUCCCUGAGCAUGUCAUCUUCCAUUGUCUCAAGGUGGCACUCGAAGACUUCCAUCGCACCAAUAUCGAGAUUAUCUGCCAUAUCCUUGAAACCUGCGGCAGGUACCUCCUUCGAACUGCUGAGACAGGACCGCGGAUGGCCGCGUUCCUCGAGACGCUCAAGAAGAAGAAAGAUGGUGUCCAUCACCUUGGACAGCAGGAACGUAUCUCAAUUGAGAAUGCCUUCUACUAUGUCAACCCUCCAGAGAGACCCGCCAUCGCCCAGAAGGAGCGUUCCAUUAUGGAGCUUUUCGUCCGCAAGUUGAUCUACCUGGAUCUCACCAAGCGCAACUACGUCAAGAUCCUGAAGCAGCUACGCAAACUCCAUUGGGAAGAUCCUUCAAUCGUCAGCAUGCUGAAGAAGGUAUUCACCAAGGUUUGGAAGGUGCGAUAUAACAAUAUCCACAUCCUCGCUAUUAUUGUUGGCGCCUUGAGCCGUUACCAUCAAGAUUUCGCAUAUGGAGUCAUUGACGAAAUCUUGGAGCAAAUCUCGGUUGGACUGGAAGAAAACAACUUCAAGCAUAACCAGAGACGUGUCGCGCAAGUCAAAUAUCUCGGCGAAUUGUACAAUUAUAAGAUGGUCGAUUCCCCGGUUAUCUUUGAUGCCUUAUACCGCAUCGUCACCUUCGGGCACGAAGGCGGUAUGCCAAAGCCGGGAGUACUCUGCCACUUGGAUCCGCCCGACGAUUUCUUUAGGAUCAGGCUUGCAUGCUCUCUCCUCGACGUGUGUGGCGCCUGCUUCGACCGCGGCACCGCCAAAAAGAAGUUGGACUUUUUCCUUGCGUUCCUGCAGUACUACUACCAUACGAAGGACCCUGCUCCAAUGGAUAUCGACUUCCUGCUGCAGGAUACCCUCGCCGCUUUGAGGCCAUCAAUGGUGAUGCCCGCUACCCUUGAGGAGGCUGGAAAGGCUUUUGAAGAGGCCGUUGCAAAAACCUACAAGAAGACCGAGAUGGACAAGAAUGCAGCCGCCGAGCAGGAAGAGGCUGAAGAAGAGUCUAACUCUGACGACGAUGAGGGAGAAGGAGAGGACGUGGAGCUCCGGGACGAAGAUGACGUAGCCGUGUCUGACGGCGAAGAGGGUGAGGAAGGGGAGGAGGGUACGGCUGCCGCAGGCCCUCAGAGUGAUCCAUCCAAUCACUCUUCCGACGAAGAGGAGGAAGAAGACAUUGUCGUCACUAGGGAACAGCAGUUAGAUCCUGAGGCUGAAGCCGAAUUCGACCGCGAAUUUGCCAAGAUGAUGUCGGAUUCCUUGGAAAGCCGUAAGUUCGAUAGGAAACCUGUCUUCGACGUGCCUCUCCCAAUUCGCAAGGGCACCGGCAUGCUUUCGCGUGAGAACACUAUCGAGAGCGAGACCGGCGAACCGGAACAACCGGAGGAGAAGGGGACGAUGAUGUUCAGUCUAUUAACCAGGAGAGGUAACAGACAGCAGACUAAGAUGGUUGCCCUGCCUAGUGACAGCGGCUUUGCCCUGGCCAUGAAGGAUAAGCGGGAGAAGGAGCGAGAGGAAAAGCAGAAAAUCAAGGAAUUGGUCAUGAGCUAUGACAGAAUGGAAGACACUGCUGAACUCGACGCACUCGACAAACACGCUGCUCUCAACGGCUAUCACGUCAAGACGGACUCCAAGGCGGUCAGAGGCCAACCCAGGGGCCGUAAACUGUCCAUGAGCGACGUUAACUGGACCUAAAGGAAAUCGGGAGGAUAAACGAAUUGCGGGAGGGAGGAUAUAUCCUUCUAUAUGACAUCAUUCAUAUGCUGCUGCUGCUGCUGCGUGCGGCGGGGGGCGGUUCCCCAGACGGUCGAACGGUCGAACGAUACGGACGGCUACAACUACUACUACUGCUACUUGCUACUAGAAGAAUCUCGAAGCCUAGGAUAUGGAUAACGGAACAGAUGAUUGGUGGAUGGAUGGAGAAAAGAUGGGAGGUGAAAGUAAGAGUGUGAGAAAAUUCGAAAAUUCGUUGACUGGUAGGUACGCCUCAAUUCGGGGGGAGGAUGGGCGGGAGAUGGACCACAGGUCGACCGAACGGAAGAAAGCCUAGGGUGUGCCGUGCCCCCAGCCAACAAUAGCAACAUGUUUGGUUUUCACUGGCGGCGACGAUGGUGGCGGGC